CUACCUGCUGCCCUCGUUCUCAAUGAUCCUCUUGUAAUUCUCCAGUUCGUUUUUGAGCGACGUCUGGUGCGUGGCCAGGUGUCGGCAUUCACAGAUGAACUUCUCCAGGGACCUCUCGGCUUCCUCGAUCUCCUUUCGAACUGCGACUGGAUCUGGUACUCCAGGUUUCUGAGGAGAGCAUUGUCAGCCUCCUGUGAAGAAAGAGGGGAAGAAAGGAUCGAAGAGGUGAGACGCAGAGACUUUGAAAGUGAGUGCCUCGUCUCUCAGGCUGGCUUCUAACCUCUGCACUGCGCUAUGUAAGUACAUUACACAGCCAUGAUCCAACAAACUGAGUUUCCCCUUUUAGGGAACAUCAAUGCGAUAAAUGAAAUGGCCAGAACAAUGAAAACUGAGAUCAACUGCGGACUAAUUGCAUGUGAGAAUGUCACCUUGCCCCCAUUGAUGUGCUUCUGUGUUCUGUCUGAACAGAAUGGGAAAUGGGAAAGGUUACGACCCUCUAACUUAAUCUCCAUCCUGUGCAGGGUUUUUUUUUCUAGACAUCAAUUUACCUGGUGAACUCUAUUGUCUUGCUUAUAUAAAUGCACCCUCCCCCUCUCCACACGGCCACACUAGCGUAUUAUUACUUUUUAUUUCUCAUUUGCAAUAUCUUUGAUUUAAGCCAUUUAUUACAUUUUUUUUUUUUUUUUUUUUGGUGAACCACUUUGACUUUUGGUCAUUCCAUUAAAAUCUUUAAUUUUUAUUUUUUUUCAAAUAUGGUCGAAUAAGGUUUGUGUCAAUAUAUUAUUAAAUGACAUUGAGUUUAUGUCAGUACGAAGGUCAAUUCGAUCAUAAAACAAAUAAUCAAACACCUCCUGAUUUGUAUUCAUAUUAGGAAUAUAUUAAUUAAUAUUCUUAACAUGAGCUGCUAUUGCACUGGCAGAAGUCAGAUUAAGUCAUUGACAUAAUAUUAAUAUAUAAUAUGAAGUAUAAUGAAUAUUAAGUACUAUAUAAAUAUAUUAAAUGUAAAUAUUAAUAUUCCACUCGAACGGUGCUUGAGUUGUUAGGGCUCUUGCUUUUACAGUUGAAAAAAAUAACUGUUUAACUGGAGUGUGUGUGUAUGUGUGUUUGUGUGAAUGAAUGGUUGUUUGUCUCUAAUAUGCCUAAUGACUUCUGCGAUUGGCUCCAACUCCCCCGUGAUCCUGAAGACUAUUAACCAGCAGAAAAAAAAUAAACAAACUUUAAAAAACAAAACUUUGGAUCCCCCAUGUGUCACAUUUACUAAAAACUCAUCAUAUAAUUCCUGUAAUGACCUCCCGUACCACUAGAGGUCCACGUACCCCAGUUGGGAAACAAAUCAUCUUGACUGUGAAAAGUGGUUCUGCCUCAUUAGGACUAGAAUUUGAUAUGAAAUCCUAAAUGAGAACAAUGGAAAACCAAUCACAAGUCAGCGACGUAUUAAAGAACGCACGCACACACACCGAGCCACUUGUUUCCUCGGUCUUCGUCUGUUGUCUAAAGGAGAGAUAAUUAGGAGAGGAGACGAGGGGAGAGGAGAGGAGACGAGAGGAGGGGGAUAGGAGAGGAGAGCAGACCAGUGAGGGCAGAUGCGCGCAGCUGUUGUGUCGUCCACACUUACAUGGAAACCACCGCGUUUUCACGGAUUGCCACGAGGACAGAACAACUACAUUCAUUUUCAGAUGAUAGGUUGCGUUGCCUGUGAGUUUGAUGGUGGACCUAAUUAGCCACUCAUUCAGUGUUCGAUUGUCUCGCCGAGCUCACUUUCUUCUGACGUCUUCAGUUGACAGUCGCAUCCAUCCAGUCUAGUAUUACGGAGAUCGUUCUCAAACAUCUUCCAUAAGAAGAUCAAUUUUUUUUUUUUUUGCCAGCAUUUAUCGUUUAACAUUGAGCACUGUUUUAAUCACCUAUUGAUUAAAUGAUGACUAUUUGCAUUUCAUCUUCAGCUGGACUCAUAUUUAAUGAAGAAGGCAGGACUAUCUGUUACCAAUCUCUCUAAUUAAAUUCUACACUGGCCGUCGCUAUCAUAACGACGACAUCGUGUCAAACAUGUCGGACCCCAACAUCAGCAGCACGGUCGCAGCGCGCACAGAGAUGCAGGACGGCCAUCUGCCUGGUACGAUGGAUCAGUAUGUGGAUUACGACAUGGACUACGGCAUCCCUGCUGAUGACAUCCCAGACACUACACAAGGUCAGGCCUUCUACGUGGCCACCAUUGUUAUCGGCGCGGUGCUCGUUUGCAUCAUGCUCGUCUGUGGUUUGGGAAACUUCAUAUUCAUCGCCACUUUGACGCGCUACAAAAAGCUCCGCAACCUCACCAACCUGCUUAUUGCCAACCUGGCCAUAUCGGACUUCAUUGUGGCAGUGGUAUGCUGCCCGUUUCUGGUGGACUACUACGUGGUGAAACAGCUCUCCUGGAGCCACGGAUUGUUGUUGUGCGCCUCUGUCAACUACUUGCGGGCCGUGUCACUCUACGUCUCCACAAAUGCGUUGCUGGCCAUUGCUAUUGACCGGUAUAUGGCUAUAGUUCAUCCUCUCCGACCUCGUAUGAAGUACCAAACUGCCUACUGGCUGAUGACAGGAGUCUGGAUUGUUCCAAUUCUGAUUUCAAUUCCCUCUGCCUAUUUUGCAUCUGCGACAACGUACCCUCAAGGGGGCACUACACCCACCAUUCACAAAGUCUUCUGUGCCCAGAUCUGGCCUGUCGAGAAGCAGGUUUACUACCGUUCCUACUUCUUGAUUGUUUUUGCCGUCGAGUUCGUCGGGCCGGUGAUCGUCAUGGCGAUGUGCUAUGCGCAAAUCUCAAGAGAGCUUUGGUUCAAGAACGUCCCGGGUUUUCAAACAGAGCAGAUAAGAAAGAGGCUGCGUCAUCGCCGUAAGACCGUGAUGGUCCUCAUCGGGAUAUUGACGGCAUAUAUCUUGUGUUGGGCGCCGUAUUACGGCUACGCCAUCCUGCGGGACUUCCACCCAACGUUGAUCUCCCGGCAGAAGAAUUCGUUGGUGGCUUUUUACAUCAUUGAGUGCAUCGCCAUGAGCAACAGCAUGAUCAACACCUUUUGCUUUGUCAGUGUCAAAAACAACACGGUGAAGAACUUGAAGAAAAUCGUGCUGCUGCACUGGAGGUCAACGUAUGCCCCCAGUAAGACUUUGGAUGAAAUAGACGUGAGGACCUUCACCAUGCCUGUGAUCGAGGAAACGGAAUGUAUUCACCUUAGGUGAGGAACGGAACGUGCGUUAAAGUGAAUUCAGACAUAGAUGAAGAAACGGAGGACAUAGAAGAGACGCAUUACAUUCCUGUCCGUUUUGAAAAAGUAUUUUAAAAAGCUUGAAACUAACAAAAUCUUAAGGUCCACAGCUGAGCUUAACUGACUUUCAUGUGUAGCAAAUGGCCCCCGAGUGUGUGUUUUAAUGUGAAAUUAUUAGUGUGAUGUGUCAAAUGUUUUAAAAGACUUGAAAAUAACUGCUACUAAUUUACGCUUGGCCACCUACUGGACAUGAGGGUGUUUUUAUUAUCUGUAAUUUUGUGGUUGAACAACAGUAUUGAGGCCAAUGUCUGUAUGCGAUGACCUUGUUAUUUAACUUUUGUGUGUACUGUGUUGUUUGUAGAGUGCCAUAAAAUUG